AUGGUCGCACCAGAAAUGAAAGCAUCUCAUGUCCGUGGACCGGAUCCUGAAGGUCGCUCUCCAAAUCUGCACCGUAAAUUUUCAAACAAAAUAAUAACUUGCUUUUUUGCUUUGUCUUUGAUUCUCACGCUUCUCGUGUUCGACUGCGGCGUUGCUUCCACGUUCAUCGAUACACGGAUUGAUGUGGCUGGCGACGGGCAAUUGGGAAGAAGUUUUGAUUGUUGCGUUGUUGUAAAUAACGCCAGGUAUCUGAUGAAUUCGGGAGGUUUUCAUAUUGGGCACUGGGGGUUUGUGCUCGUUGAUAUUUUCAGGAAACUUGCCGCACCACAACCUCGCCCGGAUGCGUGCCAUGUCAUCCUUAGAGACGCCGUGGCGAGCCGACGGCGCAUGCGCAAAUUGUACGAUGUAGCCAGACGGAGUGAAUACUUGAGAGCAAGCUGUAAGAUGUUCAAGAGUAUGUCAGGGGUAUCACUUGACUUUUCUUCUAGUCCACCUGGGUUCUCAUGUUCAGGAACAAGGUUGAUUAGAACUGAUGCAGCUAUUGAGCCUCAUGAGUGGGUCAAUUUUUCAUCCUACAAAGCCCCAGAGCUGGCUGCAAGAGACAAUUUUGGUUGCCGGGACGAAUCUACGGAAGAUGUAUUGAUAUAUAAUCGUCGAGGGUCGAGGAAUAUUCGAAACGACGUAGAAGUCACCGAGUUUUUAUCUAAGCAAUAUGGAGUGCAUGCAAAAGUGCUUUUCCCAAACCAGUUGUCUCCUGAGGAACAGAUUUGCGAGAUGACAAAGAGACGCAAAAUAAUCAUCACACCACACGGUGGGCAGCAGGGGUCCCUGAUAUUCAAACGAGCUGGGGUCGCCGUGGUGGUGAUAUCUCCUGAAGAGGCUUUGCUGGAGUGUUAUCGAUUUUUUUCACAUGAACAGGACCUCUGGUAUCAUGUUCGGGGAAAUGUGUCUUGGGCGUGUGAUGGUCACUGCUCAAAGAGCCUCGGUGCCUGGAAAAACGACGCUGAUUGCAAUCGAGCAUGCGUGGUAAAGGGCCGUGACAGCACGAUCGAUUUGUCCGUGUCUGCGCUUCAGGAUGAAAAGUGGACUCGUGUGAUCACGCGCUCGGACAAAUAUCAGUUCUUAAUCAUUCGGCCCACCCCUCGAUGGUAUUCUCACCCGCCCGCGUUACUCUCCGGGCAUUUGAAGGUCAAACGAUAUCGAGCGCGGCUGUGGGUGAUGAUCCUGUCCCUGGGUGGUUAUGUGCGCGUUGCGCGCGCGCGGUCUUCCCGGCAAUCGACACCACCCAGGCUCUGGGUUAUCGCGUUUUCAGCCGCAAGCCCCCCUCGCCCGCACAAGACAAUUCGUUAUCGGAAGACCAAAACACCCAGCACACACACAUAUGUCGCGGCCUUUGCCGAGCUGCGGAUCUCGCCCGUGCUCCCUCGCAAUUGUCCUUGCUUGUGGGAGAUGCCGAUAUCCGUUAAUGUGCAGUGGCGGGUUGGCGCGGCGGUUUGGGGUCUUAUCCCACAAGUCGGCAGUGGGGGCAAUGGGGCAUCUCGGGGAAACUUAUAUCCCGCUCCACUGGUAACGACCUUCGUACAGGGUAGAAGAUCCGAUGUGUUACCGAUGGACUCGAUCCGCACACGUGCGUCAAGGCGGAGGACCGAUACGGGCUACCUGUGUAUCGAUGCCACGGCAGAGGCAGCGUGAACGCCGAGACCCUGCACAGCGUUAUGAUCGAGUGGAUUUCAGGCCAGACAGUAAGUCGUUGGUUGCCCGGCUCUUCAGCAAAGGGGCGUGGGGCACCGCAAUCACUCGGACUCAUGUGUGAACGCCAUCUGCUGCAAGAGGCUCACCAGGCAGAGGCGGUGAAAGUGACAAGGAGGUGGUGGUGGAGGAUCCUGUUUAUUAUUUUUACCUUUAGGAAUGUGUUCAUAGGGAAAAUUGGAUCUCACAUC